AUUAAUUUGCGGACGUGUGAGUGAAGUGGUGGCACAACGGUAGUGGCGCGCUCGUAGCUGGCGAGUAAAAAACAAAGUGCAUUCGAGCAACGGACGACACACGGCGAGGAAUGCAGCUGCUGCGUUACAGCUGUGAAAAUACUUCACUGAUUUCGUUUGAGUUUCAAGAAAAUCAUUUUCAUAUUUUCUUAUUCUAUUUUUGAUUGAAAUAAAUGCGUUUGGUGCGAGUGUGACGGGUUUAAAGCGAACUUUUGUGGCAGAAGUGCUGCGAGGCAAAGUGUAAAGUGAAGAUUCUUAACCUGUUUUCUAAAACACUACAACUAAGUCGUUUAAUUGUGCGAGUUGUCGUGUAAUCGCAUACAUAUCUAUAUACUACUAUUUGCUUAAUUUUGCUCAUCGCCGGCGAAAUUGUGUAUAAAAGUUUGAAACAAAAAGGUGAAAAAUGAAUAACUUGACAAAAACCGAAUUAUUACCAAAGAGCGGACAUGUCAACGAAGUUUGCAAGGAAUGGCUGGUACGUGAAGACAGCGCACUGGCCUAUAAAUUGCAGUCGCAAGAGAUAAAUGACUUCUACAAAGGCAAUCGGCAGCGCAAUGCUGUGGUACGUGAAGACUUUCCGACAGCGCUGAAUGAGCAAAUCAAAGAGAAGGAGGAGGCGGAGAAGCAAGUGGAAAUGUAUCGGCGACGUUUGCUCGAGCAGGAGGCACAUGACAAGCGUGUUGCGAAGGAUAUCGCCGACAAGCUGGAACGUGACUUGCAGGAGCAACGACAGCGUGAGUUGCUAGAGAGCGAAGAGAUGGCGCAGCAGAUGCAGGAGCUGUACGUGAAUUUGCCGCCACCCACACGUGGCAAGGCGCAACUGCCACCGCCACGUCCAGCUAAAGCAAGUAUCUUGCAACAGAAUCCAAAUGAACCCUCAACAUCGAAUGGUAGAUAUUUUGGUGGUAGUAGUAGUAGCCAGCACACAUCAAGUCAUCAACAAUUGUCACAAUCACCACAAACACCACAACAGUCAGCAUUUCAACCAUAUCACAAGCCGCAGCAACAACAACAACACGAAUUGCCACAAACAUCGCCUGAAUCAUAUUUGUUGCAACAGAAUCAUUUCUCACAAACCGAUUGUUAUGUUGGCAUAAGCAUACAAAAGUCACCCUCGCUAACAGCAGCGGCAGCCUCUACCAGCGCCGUAGAUUCACCAUCACCACCAACAUCUUCAACACGCAAAACCGCAAAGUCACAAGCGAACGGCAGCAGCCACUUAUUGCAACAACAUCAACACUCAUUGUCAUCCAUUUCGACGGGUUCGACAUCCUCGGGAGGAGCAGCAGCGUCGGCAACAAUAAUGGCAGCAUCGCCAACCGCUUCGGUACAGUCAUCCUCAUUUGCACAUCAACACCCACACCAGCACAACCACCAACACUUGCAUGCACCAGCCGCACUACAACAGCAACAAAAACGCAAUGCGCUCGAUAUGCACCACCCAACACCUACACACUAUACUAAUCACUCACCAACACACACAACAACAACACCAACUGGUGUGCAACAACAACCACUACACCAACAUCAGCACUCAGUUGAAGAGUUGGUGGACUACUCGGAUGUUGUAGACAACAUACGCCAACUGAAUGGUGAGGCUGUUGGCCAUGCACCCGAAUCAUCACCAAUACACAACACUUUCAGUAAUAAUCACCCCAAUCCAUCAACUGGUGCUUUGAGCAAUCGCCUGCAUUCGGUUUCGAAUGAGAAUUUGCUUAGAAAUGAACAUAAAUUUCAGAAACUCUCACCGGAGAAAUACGAUCAGCUGGUGGGUAAUGAUGGCGGUGGGCGUGGCGUGCCAAAUGCCGUGGCCGCUGAGCGGCACAUGCAAGCGCACGCCGACGAUAUCGAACUGUAUGUGGAUCCGUGUGAUUAUGCGAGCUUAAAGGAGAUCGGACUGCCCAUGGAGGAGAUCAAGGAGAUGAGUAAGAAGCUGAAGCAGGAGCAGAAGGAUGAGUUGCUGGCGCGUCGCUUGCAGCAAAUGGAGGCGCAUGAUGGACUCACACAGGAAGAGCGCGAUCGGCUGCUGGCGAUCGAGGCGCAAGACAAAGAACUAGCGAAAAUGUUGCAAGAUCGCGAGCGCGCCAAGGCGAAACGCGCCAAAGAAAAAGCGCGUCUGCGCAAACAUCAACAAAAAGAUGGAAACACAACGCUCUGCUCCUCCAAUGGCAGCUCGUCAAACGGGCUACAUUGCGGUCCACUAUUACCGCUGCCACAGGAUUGCCUCUCAUUUGGCAAGCACUCGUCACAUGCCGCACACUCGCCAACAGCGGCCGCUGCCAACAACUUCGCUUACGCCCCACAACCGGCCGCGCGCAAUGGCUUACACAUGCAGGCGGAGGAGCAGGAGGAGGCGGACAUAAUCGAUGUGGAGGCCUACUCGAAUCCCAUCGAUGUGCUGCACAAUCAGCAACAACGCCAACAACAAAAUGGCACACUCACCAAUGGCAGUCUGUCGCGUGAGGGUGGCCGCCGCAGCAACGGCAGUCAACACAAUGGCAUCGGUGCGCAUCCGAACAGCAUGUUGCUCAAUCGCGGCGAAGAUGACAUCUACACAUUGCCGGUAGACAGCUGUCGCCCGGGGCAACGUCCAACGUCGCUGAACAUUAGCGCAACCAGUGAUGCGCAUCUGUUGCAACACAACUCAAUGACUAGAUCUGAAAACUACUCCAUCGAUUCGCAUGAUUCACUAAGCAGACACGAGCUGGCGCCACGCAUGAACUACUCGCAGUCGAGUACUUUUGAUAAAAGCUCUAGCCCCACACCGCCUUAUAUGCCGAUUCAGGGUACCCGACGCUCAAAUUCAGGCGACGAACGGAAAAAGAAGUCGAAGGAUAAGUGUACGCAUCAGUGAAGCGGCCACAAAUUAGUCGAAUUGCUCAUUUAUAUUACAUAUACAUAUGCUUAGUAACAUAUACAUAUACAAACAAACACACAUAUACAUAUAUAGUAUGCUAAGUAAAUUUACAUAUCCUUGUUAUAAACCUAAGUCCGUUUGUAAGGCAAUGAAACUGCAUAUAUUCACCUAUACAUAUUUAUUAAUAUACAAUAUGCAUACACACAUAUA